ACUCUUUCUCUCUCCAAAACUUUUCCUCUCUCUAAAACCAAGACUCAACGAAGAACACUACUGAAGCCGAUUUGAGCAGAUCAAGCAUCAUAAAUCGUUCUCUUUCUUCUUGAUCUAUCUUUUGCUGUUAAAUUUUAAAGGUUUUAAUUACCGAUUGGGUUCCAUCAUAGUACCUGUUCUUGUUGCAAUUUUAUGUUUCUUCACCAUGGAUUUAAUGAUGAUUAUGCAGGUAUGGGCUGUGAUCUUUCACAGGGAAGAAAUCAAAGCAUACACACAUCUUCAGUUCUAAUAUAUGAAGAAGACAAAGCAACUCUAAUAGUAGUAGCAUCGGCAUCAACUCCACCUCUUUUCCCCCUGUUUAUGGUGGUGAUGGGUUUUUAUUUUGGCUUGUAUAUGAUCUUGAUGCUCUAGAUUGUUUCAACAAUCUAAGAACUGAUAGAUCUGUUUUUUUAUUGGUUAUUAGGGUUAUCUUUAGCAAUUACUGGAUUGGUUAUGUUCUUACUUAUGUGGGGGCUGUGAUAGUCUCAUUACCCGCAACAGCAAUUUCAGGAUUUCCUAUGUCAACAGCAAAUACAACAUGUUCACGAAAGAUAACAACAAAAACUUCAAGGUUACAGAAGACACCAACAACAAAUAGUUCCAGAAUACAAUUUCUGAUGAAGACCCAGACCGCGUCUGAAGAUCGAUUCUGUCCUCCGAUGAACGAUUCAGGUUAUUUUUGUUACUGUUACCGUUACUUUGAAAAAACAAGAGACUUACCCAUGUCAUAUUUUUUACCAUGUUUUAGAAAAAAAAAACAUGAGAAAUGGUUGGAUCAUUGUAUCCUAACAUCUCUGCUUAUUGUAGAUUUGUUAUAUGGUUUGGUUGUGCUACUUUCAACCAAACAAGACCAUUUAAACUAGUUAUGUUACUUAGAAGAUCAUAGGAAUGGUUAGGAUUCUACUUUGGAUUUUGUCCCGUAACUAUGUUGUUGAGUGGCUUCACUAUGUUGGUUGUCUGUUUAAAAUAUUUGUGAUGAUUGGAAACCUCUUUAUCAGUCCCGAUCACAACCAUGUAAUCUAUUCAGUUUUUAAAAUGGAAUAUUAUUAAUGUAUCUGAGGCUCGCCUCUUUUUCGAAAAAAAAAAAGUGUCAUCCAUUCCAAUUUAUUAUCACACGUAGCUAUCUCAGCGUUGUGUGUUAGUAGUUGUUUGAAUAUUUCGACUGCUAUUAGCUUAUCGUCCCUACACAAGUUUGUUUAUUUUUUCCUGGAUUUUAAUUAUUACGAUUAAAAAUUUGGAAGACCAUGUUGCUACCCUUAUUAAGACUUUAGAUUCUGUGCUUGCUGAGAUGAAAGAAGAUCGUCAAAGAGCUAGUGAAGAUCGACAAAGGGCCAUUGUAGCUUUGGAAUCUAUUGCAACCUUUUUCCAAAAGCAACAACAUAAUAUUGCUGAGAACAUCGCCGAGAAAGAUGACACACAACAUUCAAAUGGGAAUAAUGGUCGCAAUGGUGACGCCGGGACUGCUCUUGUAAUUCGUGCGAGACAUAUUAAUUUGAAAUUUCCUGUAUUCAAUGGAACUGAUCCUGAAGGAUGGCUUUUAAGGCAGAAUAAUAUUUUUCGUUGGCUGGUGUACAAGAGGCUAAAAAGAGUCACAUCAAAUCAGCAUUUUUCUUUCGGGACUUCGUGAAGAUAUAAGUGCAGGUGUUCGUAUGCUUCGCGCUGCAAGCUUAUCUGACGCCUUUGAUUUGGCAAUUCGUCAAGAGGAAGCUAUCGCUGCAUCAUCAAGGUUUAAAGCUACAAAAUAUAUACAGGAUGCAUCAACACCCACUACGACAAUUACAUCCAUUGCAAUUCCAGCUCGUUGAGUUUCUAAAUUCGAACAAGAUGAAAGGAGAAAGCAGGGUUUAUGCUUUAUUGUGACGAACUUUAUAAACCUGGUUAUCUAUGCAAACAGGCGAGCCACGUCUUACUAUUGGAAGCUGAUGCAAACAAUGAUGUUUUCAUAAUGAACUAUUCUAAUGAUCCAACUUGAGGACAAGUUACGCUUCAAGGGGUUGGGAAUGUUUGAGAAGUAACUUUAUUUUAGCAAAUUAUUCAUCUAUGUUUUGUUUUAGUUUUGAUCCAACUUGCGGACAAGUUGUGUCUCAAGGGGUUGGGGAUGUUGGGAUACCUACACCGGUUAGGAAUAUUAAUUAUUUUAGGAAUGGUUUUUAUGUUUCCUUAUUUAUUAUUUGCUUAG